AUGCGAAAACUUACAACACUUUUUUUAUUUUUUAUUAUCUAUCUUUCAUUUUAUUUGGUCUAUUCCAGUGAAAAUUUUGAUGAUAUUAUUAUCAUUGAAGAACCAGAUGAUAUAAACAACACUGAUAUAGACCCAAUAAAAUACGUAGAAGAUAAAAAUAAAGAUGAUAGUAACAACAGUAUAAAAGAUAUAAUGCUUUCAUGGGCAGGAGAAAAUGAGAAGCUUUUUUAUUAUAAAAUUAUUUUAUUCUUAUGCAUUUUAAUUAUUGGAAUACUUAAUGGAAUAAUAGGAAGAAAAAAAAAUAAAAUUGUAGCAAUUUAUUGGUUAAGAUCUUGUAAAGAUAUUUUUAUAGAAAAUUUUGCAAAAAUAGGUAAUGACAAAUCUUUUUUAUUAGAAAAGUCAUAUGACACUUAUGAAUUUUAUUGUACAGGAAGAAAAAAUUGUAAUUUAUAUUUAGUUAAUUUAAAUUUAAGUAAAAGGCAAUGUAUAUGGAGAUAUUAUGUUUUUCAUUAUUUUAUUAAGCAAAAUGACACGAUGAAUAUUUCUAUAAAUUUUGAAAAAUUAGAUAAAAACAUAUUAUGUGUAUAUAAAAAAAAUCAAAAAAAACAAAUCGAAAAAGCAUUCCCCAACUUAAAUAAAUAUACAAAAUUUAUAAACAAAAAAGAGUUAAAACAAAUUUAUGAUAUAAAAGGAGAUUCAUCUGAAGUAACUGAUAUAGUUUUAAGUGGAAAAAUUCUGAAUUUCCUAAAUAACUAUGAUAAAUAUAUAAAUUAUAUUUGUAUUACUGAUAUUCCUUUAUUUGAUUGCGAAGAAAAAACAAAUGAUAAAAAGAACGAAAACAACAAAAUUGAAAAGCAUCAGUAUUGUUACCUCAAUUGUAUUAUACCAAAAAAUGUUGAAGACCUAAGAAAAUUAAUAAAUUUUUCUAUUUAUAUGAUUGAUGCAUGCCAAUGUAUUGAAUUGUCUGAAAGAGUAAGAGAACAAGUAAAAAAAUUAAGGAGUAUAAUUGAAAAAGAAGAUAUUAAAAGAAAACAAGAGUUAAAAGAACUUCAAGAAAAAAAAAAGGCAAAAAAGAUUCAAGAAGAAAAAGAGAAAAUUGAUAAAAUGUCAGCCGAACAACAAAGAAAGUAUGAAGAAAAAAAAAAAAAAAAAAAUUUAAAGAAAAUAAAAAAAAUAAAAAUUAUAAAAAUGUAA